AUGCUUGAGCCCAUCGAGAAGAUUCUCCAGGACUCCAAGAUUGACACGGCAAAUGUCCACAACGUGGAGAAUAUGGAGCUCUAUGCAUACUCGAUCUCUCCCUAUCAUCAAAUCUUCUUCUAUCGUGAUGAUUCCUGUCAUACUCCUGACUCCUUCCCCUCCCUCCAUAGUCCCUAUCUCGCUCUGAAUCGUGGCCUCACCAGCUUCCUCCACCACCACAGUAGGUAUUCCCUCUGCAUGGCGAAACACCACCCCUCCCACACCCUCACCCCCUCCCUGUAUGCUCAUCGUGCGUCCAAGCCCUGUCAUCCCUACGCUCCGAAGCCCACUCAUAUUCCCCAUAUCGUCAAGCUCAUGCCUGACUUCUGUAAUGGCAAGGAGCCCAACAAGAGCAUCAACCCUGACGAGGCUAUUGCUUACGGUGCUGCCGUUCUAGCCGCUAUCCUUUCUGGUGACACUUCAGAGAAGACACAGGAUCUCCUGCUUCAGCUUAAUCACCCUACCAGUAGAUUGCUUUUUAUCAUUGUUUGCUAG